GGCCGGUGGAGCUGGUGGUUCUGGGCGCUGCGGCGGAUGCUGAGCUGGCGGACCUGGCAUCGUGGCAGGUGGUAGCCACGGCGCUGGGCCGGGACGUGCGCAUCUUGUUCGUGGGCCCCGAGGUGCCGGACGAGCUGGCAGGCAGUGGGGCGCAGCAGGGCCGCGUGGCCAUGCGCUUUGUGCAGUCCACGUACGAUGCGUUGCUGCUGGCGGGCAACGGGCCAGCUGGGGGAGCACCAGCAGCCGGAGGCGGGGCGGCUGCUGGCCUAGCUGCGCGGGCCCCUGACGCCUUCUUGGCAUUCAACCCCGGCUUCACCUGCCCGGACUAUGAGUGGGACGCGACGUUGGCAGCCCUGGGCAGGGCGGCGAGCUCCCGGGGCGGGGCCCCUCCGCCCCGUCUGAUUGUAGCCACCAACACUCAGAUGGAGGGCCUUAUGGAGGCGGAGAUGCUGGGGGAGUGCGGCUGGCAGCCGGCCACCCAGCUGGCUCGCAACCCCUACACCUCGCUCAAGGCCAUCCAGAGCGGCACCCUCGCCAACGACCUGUACCGCAAGAACGCCUGGCUGGUGGUGUAUCAGCAUGUGGGGAAGAAGGAGCGGCGGUGGGUGCGGGAGAAGCAGAGGAAGGGGGGCAAAGGGCAGGCAGGUGGACGGCGGAAGAAGGGCGGGAAGGGGCCGGGGAAGGGGUCGGCUAAGCGGGUGGCUCGUGCGUUGUAUGAUGCGGUGGUGGGGCCCCUGUCAAAACUGGUUCGCAGGCGUUGAGAGGAUACUCGGUUUGGGAGAGAGACAUUGGGCGCGCUGGUUGCUGCUGGGAGAUGCCGCGGUAGCGCAUGGUGCAGGGUGCUGCAGGUAGCCGCUUAUAGGUGAUUGCGGCGCGGUGGUUGAGCAUGGCUAUGGUGGCUGAGAUGGAUAGGGUUGCGCUGGUAGACCACCUUGCCAUGCGGCCCUGGCGAAAUGCUGUCGCGGUAUGUGAUGCAGCAAGUAGGUUGUCCCAACCGGUGUACGAUGCCAUGAGACGCGUUUAGGAUGCCUUACAGUGUUGCCGGCUAGUGCGGCUACCGGAAGGGAGGGUUUGGAUGAGUCCUUGUCGUCACUGCCCAGCUGCCCAACGUGGAGUGUCGACGGCCGCCUUAAAUGCGGGGGAUGGCCCCGGGAUGGGAGGCUGUCAUGUGGGCACAAGAGGACCAGAUUGCCAGGAGCUUGGCAUAUUCCUAGGCAUCCACUGCGCUGUAACGCUAGCGUAAUGAA